AUGGGGUCAAACUCGACUUGGACCGCCAUGGAAAACAAGGUGUUCGAAAAUUCCCUGGCAGUUUACGACCAAGACACUCCCGACAGGUGGCAGAAUAUAGCCCGGGCUAUCGGGACAAAGACUGUUGACGAGGUCAAAUGUCAUUACCAGAAGCUCGUCGAGGACAUCGAAGAUAUCGAGUCCGGCAAAGUGCCAUUGCCCGACUAUAGACCGUAUCACGAAAAUGGCAAGUGCAUAGGGUGA